UGCUUUCCAGUUCGGCGUUCGUGCGUGCAAUCAAUGAGACCGGAUGGGAAUGGGACCAGGGAUAGGAUUCCGCUGGGAUUCUAAUUUCCGUCAGGUUCCGUAUUGAAGUGUGGUGGUCGGUGGUGGAGUCAUUGUUAGAAGCCGUGAGCUCAGGGGGUGCUCUUACUGGUUAUGUCAGUUAAAUAGGAAACAAUCGUAGAACUAGGGAGAACGUAAUAGUUUAGUAUUAACUGUAGGUUAUUGCCGCGACGGCUCUGUGUACCAUGCAAUCGAAGUUGCGGUAUGCUUUGAUGUUGAAGACGUGAGUUUCUUCUUGAAUAGCUGGGUUACGAACAAUUCUUUGUUUGUUUACGUUGUCAUUUAACGCACAAGAGUAUGGCCGGCCAACCGGUUUCAGAAGUUCGAAAAUUUAGUGAGACAGGAUGUCGUUUUAAUGGGAAACUGAACGGCGAAGGAAAAACUCCAUUCUUGAUAGGUGUUGCAGGAGGUACUGCAAGUGGAAAGUCGACUGUAUGCAAGCGAAUCAUGGAGAAACUUGGACAGGUGGAUAAAGACCACGCGGAAAGGCAGGUAGUGUGUAUAAGUCAAGAUAGUUUUUAUAGGGAAUUAUCCUCUGCAGAAAAAGGGAAAGCUGAAAAGGGACAAUUCAAUUUUGAUCAUCCAGACGCAUUUAAUGAAGAAUUGAUUCUUCGGACAUUGAAAGACAUUCUUGCUGGCAAAAAAUGCGAGAUUCCUCUAAGUGAAACUCAGUUCCAGACUAUUUAUCCUGCUGAUGUGGUUCUGUUUGAAGGAAUUUUGGUCUUCUUCUUCCCUGAAAUUCGUGAAUUAUUUCACAUGAAAUUAUUUGUUGAUACUGAUUCUGAUACAAGAUUAGCAAGAAGAGUUCCUAGAGAUAUAAACGAGAGAGGUCGAGAUUUAGAGCAAGUGUUAAAUCAGUACAUGAAUUUUGUAAAGCCUGCAUUUGAAGAAUUUUGUUCUCCAACUAAAAAGUAUGCUGAUGUGAUUAUUCCGCGAGGUGCAGACAACACUGUUGCUAUAGAAUUAAUUGUGCAGCAUAUCCGAGAUUUUCUCAACAAUCGAGUACGCAAAGAAGAAGUGUUACCUCCAUCUCCAGUGCAUGCAUCUUGGCGAACUAAUCCUCCAGAUGGCCACUUUACUCGUCCACAUUAGUUAACACUUUCAAUUAGUAACACCAUGUUGUCUAGGAAGAAGAAAAUUACAUAGUUUACUUAAGUGCUUGUAGAAUUUUGUAAUUCUUAUAUAGAUUUGUUUGUUAUUAUUUCUUGUUAUGUGUUUUAUGUAGACCAAGCAAUAGCUUUGCUCUGAGGUAACCUGUUACAGCAAUAAAUAUGCUCCCAAAUAUUUUAACACGUGUGGUAUAGCAAGAAUUGUUCCUGUAGAUGUUGAUGCUAGGACAUAAACUCUACUACAAGUUGUGUAAGUUACUUUUAAUGAUAUCUUCUUUAGGUAAUGAAAAUUUUGUUCCUAUUCUGAAUUAAGUUCCUAUAUUACCCUUAUAAAGAUAAUGUAAUUAUUGUUUUCAGUUUUGUAUUCAAUGUCAUUUUAUCCCCAAGAGCGAUUUGCAGAUUGUACAUAAAAUAAACAGUAUUUGGCUCGAAUUACAUUAAUGUAGUAAUAGAAUAUUAUUGCAAAAAUUGGUUAAAUUUAUGUAUAUGUACAACAAUGUUUGCUCAUAUUUUGUGAAGUCUUAAGAGACAAUGUAACUUACUACUAGCUUCAAAACAUGGCAUAUUUUUACCUUUUUCAAUAAUAUUAAGGAACUGAGCUGUUGAUGUGUGUAAAUAGAGUAUGAGAGAUACACUGUACAAAUUUUUAUCAGUUGAUAAAUUACAUGGUAUUUUAUUGUUAAAUUUAUUCUUGUAUGAAUUUAAGAUUUUAACUUUUUUAUUAGUGAAUACAAUUCUUUUUUAACAAAAUCAAAUAAAUUUUAUUAUGUUAAUAUUACAAUGUUCUAUAUUUGCUGUACUACUUCUUAAGUUAAAUACUUGGGUUGGCUAAGAUUUUGAUGAAAGCAAGUACAGCAAAUAAAUUAUCAAUGCAAUUGAUCUUGUUUCUGCAUGCUCUAUGAAGGUGCUUUAUAAUACUCACUACUAAAAAGGUGAAAAAUGAAUAAGAAAAUGUGAUGAAACAUUAUAUUAUUUUUUCUAACAUGAGUCAGACAUAAAAUCUUAAAUUUCUUUGCACAUUCAAAACAAUUGGAAGAAGUCAUCUGGAGCAGCAUAUUGAUAUGCAUCAAAAGAGAUUGAAGGUAAAUUAAGAAAAGUAGAUAUUGAAUAAGACAAAUUAUUUUUGAAUAAGUAAUACAUUCAAUAGCAAGUACUAAAUUACUUCCAUUCAUUUAGGAUUUUUUUAAAAAAAUUGUUUACAUCGGAGGAAAAUAUUGUUGAUCUUUUCUGAAAAAGUGCUAGCUUUUGAGUGUUUCAUGGAUUCAUUAAUACAUUUGAUAUCCACUUUUAAUGUUAAAAGCAUAAUUGUUUUAAAUUUUUUCACAGUUUUCAAGCUGUAAUACUAACAAUAGAAAACAAAAGAAAUAGAAGAAUUUUAAAGAGUUGCAAAUAACUCAUUUCAGCUUUUGUUGAAAAAACUAUCUUCCUCUUAUAGAGAAGAAUCUGGAUUUAUAGCACUAGAAAAGUUCAAUAUAAAAUACCAUAUUAUGUACAUCACUGUGAUGUUGUAAAUUAUUGAAUUAAAAGGUAAUAUCAACUUUUCUAUAAAGUGGUAUUACCAAUAGAAAUUUCUGUGGCUAGAACAGGAAAGAGAGAGAGAGAGAGAUGAAGAAUGAUGUUAAGUGUUGAAGAAGAGAAAGAAAUGUUUUUAAAUGUUGAAUUUUUCUAUAGAAAUUUACCAAGUUGAUUUUGUUCCAAAAUGCCAUUGCCAUUUACAUUUUCCCCUUUAUAUAAGAGAAGGCAUGAGAUGGAAGCCAUAUAUUUUUAUUUUUUAUCUAAGAAAUUGGAUGUGAGAGAAGGGAGGGAAAUGUUGGUACUAAAAUCAUCCAGAAGGCCUUGAGAAGCUGGGUGCAUUAUGUCAAAUUUGCUAUUUUCACUGAACAGGAUCAUAUCAUAUUGUUUCUUUUUCUUCGCAACUUAUGAAUUGCAGUACACAUUUGCAGAACACUUUGAACUGACAUUUUUGUAGAUCUGUUUAUUUAAAACUGUGAAUUAAUAUAUUAUAACUAUUAUUGCAACGAAAAUAGAGUAGUUUUCUUUUUUAAAAAGCCACUAUUUUCUAGUCAAGAUAAAUGAAUGGCAUCUUUCCACCAGUUAUAUUUUGCACAUUGGUGUUUGUCAUUUAGCACUUACAAAAUAUUACAAUUAAAAAUUUCUUAUCUCCAUUUAUGAUUGUUAGGUAGUGUUUCUAUGAAUUUUUGUUGUGAACCAUUAAAAUUAUUUUUUCAUGUAAUUGCAUUAAUUCAGGUCGUGAUCCCCUUAUUUAACAAAAUAGUCUUUUGUCUCGAAUUUUGUGGAACUUAUUUAAUUUCAAUGGUAUGUGCAUGUGAAACACAAACUAUCAACAUAUGUUGCAUUGUAUACAGAUACUCAUUGGGACCAAAUUGUGCUAAGCCUAUUCAGUUUGUAUCUGAAUCUUGGCAAAAUGUUGUGUGGCUUGUUGAUUUCACCUUCACAUAAAAUACUGCACAAAUUAGUACUUCUCUUUUUGGUCUUUGUCAAAUAUUGAAAAUAGCAAGAGUAUUUAUUGAUACUGAGAAGUCAUUUAUAUUAGGAAUUAAACAUUAUUUGUUGUAUGAGUGAUUAUUUUAUAUUGCAUAAUAAUACUGUAAUAACUUGCCAGACCAAAGUUGAUAUUUUAAAUGAAGUUACCAAAUCUUUAAUUUCUUUGUAUAAUGUUUCAGGCCAUAUAAUUUUAUGUAAAAUAAUUUUCUACACUUGUAAGCUUGAAUAGAACUACAAAGUUUUUUUAAUUUGCAGGUAUAGCAAAGUUUAUAAUGCAUUCAGUGCAUGCCUAAUUCAUAUUUAUGUAAAUAAAAUUAUAUAAGCUGAAGUUCUCACUGAUUUUUAAACCCUUAUUAAUGUUAUCCCUACAUAACGAGAACAUUCUACAAAUUAACCUGUUGUUCAACUUUGAAAACAACUUUCUAUUGUUUGUGUUGUUGGUAUUUUCUUGUAUAAUGAGGAAAUAGUGUUAUCAUGCAAAAG